AUGAAGAUAGAAGAGAUACACAACAAGGAUUUAUUGCUAUCAGAUAGAAUUGAUAUAUUAUACAACUGGAGAGCGACCGAGUACUUCUUUCAGUACGUACAGGACACCAAUGUAGUGACCAAUAAGAUAAUUCCAUUACUUAUAGAGGGUCUAGCAGGGACAAAGGAAGAUAAGAAGAAGACCAUGUCUGUUCUUAUAAGAAUCCGAAUAAACAGCAGUAUUCCGUCUGAACUGAUAGAUAGGCUAAUAGAUAUAGUAGAAAAGGAGGCACUGACCAAUAUAUCACUUGCUGUCAGGUGUUUGAUUGAGAUCACUAAGAAGACAAAGCCAACGGCACAGCAGCAUAUAAAGAUUCUAUCAGCAAUUACAGGGUUUUUUAUGAAUCUGACGAAUGACCUGCACUCGUCAGAGAAUGAGAAUGAAACGAGAAGGGCACUUUUAUUGAGCAGCGAGCCGAUUAUUCUGCUUUUAUUUUUAACACAGAUAUCACGAGAGGAGUUUAUAAAGAACUUUCUGCCGUUAGCAAAGGCUCUUUCGUCUUUUGUUUUGUUUUUCAUUCAACGGACAGAUUCUAUCAAUUUAUAUCUUAUUAACGAAAACAUAAAGUUACAGUGCAUUACGACUCUUACGCAAAUAAUUUCGCUUUUUAUGAGUGUUCUUAAGGACAAUCCGCCGGAAAUAGUAGCACUAUCUUCUUUUAUUCCGGAACUAAGCAUAUUCUUAUUGGGGUACUGUCCAGAUGAUGCGGUGACUAUUAAGAAAGACAUAUACCACCACUUAAGUAUUCUGAAGACAGAGAAGAAACGUAUUUUUGCCUCAUAUUCAGAAAUAAUUCUUAAGGAUGGGAUACUGCUACGGCCAAAGAACCCAGUGCUUAAGUUAUUGGGCCUUACAUUGUCUACAGAGUUUUUGAUUAUGUUCAGGGAUAUUACACACAGGCAUCUUUCAUUAAAAGUGUGCAGAGAGGCCGCGAAGAUUAUGUGUGAGUCAACAGACCACACGCUGAACAAGCUGUGUGCGAAUGUAUUAGUGCAGAUAAACGAUACAACUAUUAGUGAUAACAUAAGCAUAGCAGAGAAGGGGUUCUUUAUACGGAUGAAUUACAGCGCGUUUGUUACGGCAUUUAGGCAUUACAGCAAGUUGAAGGUGACUGAGGAAACAAAGAAUGUGCUGCGCUCAAUAAUACGAGGAAUGAAAAACACAAUGCACUACUUUUCUCUGUUCCAGAACAUUCCUUCAAACUCAAUUGUGUUUUCCUUAAAAUGCUUCAGCCCGUAUGAAGUACAGGAGCUGUCAAAUAAUCUAGGGAUUGCAUUUACGCCGUUCAACCAUUUUGACCUAGAGAAAAAAUCAGAUAUUAUCAUUGUAUGCGAAUUUCUGCUAAUUUUCUUUUAUCUGGAUGCAGCGCUGUUUGAGAAGGUGCUUCUAGAUAAUGUGGAAAUACUUUUCAACAGCACAAAGAAGAACAAGGACAUGUUUAUUAUUUGGAGGCAGUUUUUGGCAUAUGCGGGUGUUGCGAGGAAGUUUUCUGAGAUAAUCAUGCGAGAGCUGCUAAAAAUAGCGCACAACGAGAAAGACAAGGAAUUUAUUAUUCUUGGGUUCAGAGAAAUAUUUACAUCAUUUGCAGUGCACACUGUGGAGAUAGAGAGUGUAGUAGCCGGCAACUUGUUAGAGAUCUUUAGGAAGUGUUUAGUUUCAGAAGAGCGACUGCUGUACACACUAGAAAUAGUGAAGGAUUUAUUUAAGGCGGCAGGAAAGGAAAAGCUAGAUAAUCUGCAUAAAGAGAUGGCACUGGCUCUUCCUGGAUUUUUUGUAAAGAUAGAGGAAAUAAUCAGGCACCAUCCAAAUCGAGUUGAGCCAGUAGAGCUAAUUUUGACCAUUCCAGUAAAGAUAUCAGGCCUUCUUCCAUUUUUGGGGCAGAUGUCAAAGGUUCUUGUUCGGGCGCUGUGUCUAAAAAACCAGCUGUCUGUGCUUGCCAUGGAGAUUCUUGAAAUGUGUGUGGACAACUUGAACUCGGAGUUUUUGAUAUCCUAUUUAGGUGAUGAGAUUGACAAUAUAUUUACUACUUUAGUAAAUCUUGUGCAGGAGGAGGAGAGUUCGGUGAUGGCAAUUAAGCUGCUUGGAAAGCUGUCUGGAAAGGCAAGCACGUCUUUUAAUGUGACAGCAUCGGGCAAAGAUGAGAAAAAGUCAUCACUGACUGUUAUAAUUCCGGGGAAAACAGACAGGAUACAAAUAGGAAUUUCAGAAAUACUUAUGAAAGCCGCAAAGAUUCUUUCUGGCGAGGCACCGGGCAGCCAGGAGCAGGCACUUGCGCUUGUGGGGCACUACUUUUAUAUGUUUCUUAAGUGGGAUGAGCUUUCUGACACUAUUCUAAGAGUGUGGAGCAGGGAGAUGGAGGUAAUUAAAAAUGCCGACUUUAAGGAGCUACACAGCAAGGUAAGGUCGGGCGCCUUUAAUCCAGCAGAUGAGGAGUGGGUUGCAGAGCAGGAGGGUAUUACUAUACCGUGCGAGCUAAUCAGCGCGCUGUUCAAGUGCGCAGCAGAUCCCAGAGAAAAACAAAGCGCCCCGAUACAAAACACAAUAGCAACAGUUACUGAUAUAUACAAUGUUGGAACGCUGCCGGGCGGAGAACAGGCAUGCGCAGCAACUGAAGACGUGGACGGCGACAUAGCUGGGCAGGCAUCAGCGAACGCGGUGGAGGCAAAGAAAAUGCUGAUAGCUCUUUAUUCGUUUGUGUCGAUUUUCAAGUCACUUGAGCUUAUAUACUUUGAAGAGUUCCAGAGGCGGGUGCGGGUAGAUGUGUUUCAUCUAAUAUCUGCAUUAACGCGUGCAUUUGGCCAUCCCAGCACCGAGGGAGUGGCUCAAACAGUGCUAGCAACGAUGUAUAACAUUUCUCUUAAAAUAUGUGGUACACGAGAAAAGACCUCACAAAUGACUCUUUUCUAUAAUAUACUGCACUCAUUCUGCUCGGCCUGCUAUGCACAUAGCGAUGAAGAGAAAAUAUGCGGUAUUCAGGGGAUUUUAUUUAUGACACAGUCAUUGGAAAUAGGCGUCAACUGGCUGUUGUAUCAAGAAAUCCGGAUAGUAAAGGCUCUGUUCUUCUCUCUUUCAUCAAUCAGAUAUAAUACUGUGGAAAGUGUGAGGGAGGGGAUAUUCCAUAUAUGCAGAACCACGCAUGAUCCGGCUGUUGAGGCAGAACCAACGAAGUCAGAGUACUUUAUGCAGCUAAUAUUUACAUUUGCGCAGGAGCUGAGCCAUCCGUUGGAAAGGGUUCGCAGCGUUGCUAGAGAGUGUUUGAACUACAGUGCAGAGCUAUUUGGAUCCGAUGCUUCUGCAUUCUUGCAUCCAAUAAAAGAAAAGAUUCUUGCACAAGUUCUUAGCAAGCCACUCAGAGCCUUGCCAGAUGGGGUGCAGAUAGGAAACAUGGAAAUAAUGAGAUAUUUGUUUGGCCUGAGGCCCCCUCUUAUGACUAUAGACGACCGGAUGGAAAGGUUUAUUGGAGAGGCGUUCAGAAUCAUUGCAUCACCAAAUGGGACAAUUGAGUUGAAAAAAGCAGCUGUACAGUUGUUUGUGGCAGCAGCAAAUUCGCCUGACUUUAAUUCGAUACAUCUGUUAAUGAAAAUAUCGCAAAUGCUAAUUAAGGGAUUAUUUUCGAAAGAGGAAGAAAUAUGCGACGUGUGCCGGGAUGGACUAAGACAGAUGUAUAUUCUAGGAAGGGAGCCAGAAAGAGAACUGCUACAGACGUGGUUAGUGCCAAUUGUUAAUACAAUAGGGCAGAAAAAGAAUGUUGAGUCAGUUAUUCCAGGGCUUCUGCAUUUGCAGAGUCUAGACCGGGAGCUGUUUAAAACAGGCCUUGCAAGCAGUCUGCUUGAAAUACUAACUCAGCAGGGGCCUGGGCUAAGUCUAUCCGAGGAGAUCGUGGACAUGAUUUAUGAAAUAUUUGCAAAGACGCCGCAUCUGCCAGAAGGCGAGUUUCUCACGCGGUCUAUUUUGACGUAUGUGCAUCACUUUAAGACCACACCACCAAAAAUGAAAAGAAAGGGAAUAUCCGAGUAUCUAUCAAAUAGGCCAAUGGCAGCAAGCUUUUUGUUUAGGCUAGCAAAUGAUGACGACACAGCAUACUAUAUAUUGCACAGGCAUUUGUUGGAGAUUUCGGCAGGUAGCGUUCUUAGAAUGAAUAAUCUAAGCGUGGGCAGUCAGCACAGCGGAACUCUGUCUGGAGGGCACUAUCGAAGCAACCAUUCAAUGAUAGUGUCGGCACAAUCCACGUGGAGGCAGUAUGUGCUGUCAGAUGCAGCGGGAGAGGCGUUUACGCUAGAUAGUAUAGACCGAAUGGUUGAUAUAUGGAGAGAAACAACAGGAGAUGCAGAGUUUGAGAGAAUUGUGAGGAAAUGGAGCUUUAAAUCUGUGGAAGGAUUCAUUCGGUAUUACACAGUGGAGGAGCUGCGCACAUUGCCAAUUAAAAGACCACAGGAGGAUAGUGAAUUAGUGCUUGCGCUUUUCAUGGACUCGCUUAAUAAGGAGAUAAUACUGAAGAUAGACCCGAAAGUGCAGAAGAGAAUUCUUUUGACAGUUGAGCCAUUGAUUACGGACAAGUCUAUUCUUUGUGUGGAUGGAAUGCCUCCCUGGAGAAUUGAAGUGGCUAUGAUACUUAUUAAAGAUGGGCCAACCUCUUUGUUACAGCAGAAUAAACCUGCAUACAGCAAUGUGAAGCCGCAGGGUAGAGCAUCUGCGCGGUCUGCUAUGAGAAGUGCAAAGAACUCAAGAGGAAACAGCCCAAGUCUUGGAGAGGGGGUGGGAAGCCCUAGAGAGUCCGCAGAUCGAUAUAGAAUAGCAGAGUAUCUGACACAGGUUCUGGAGCUUGAGGCACUAGAGCCAGUAGAUGCAAUUCGAAUUACAGCAUUCUUAGUUGAAUUUGAUCCUCGGCCAAAUACAGAUGCCUUUUUACCUCUUAUUACAGCACACCCAGAGUAUGCGGAGCAUGCAAUUAAAGGAAUAGUGUCGCUUCUAAAGCGAUAUGGCGUAGAGCCGUUUAUUGAAAGCAUAUCCUCUGCGCUGGAAGACGACACGCUUUACCGCACGCAUUUGUAUAUUUUCUUGCCUGCUAUUGUGAAGGUGCCGGAGCUUUUUACGGGAUCGGGAAUUGAGGCGGUUGUCUGCACAAUGAUACAGCGCCUGUUUACAUCAGGAAGCGCGCGGAUUGCACUUCUUCUUCUGCAGGCAUCAAUUGUUUGGUAUAAAGAGGGUGCAAUAUGCGAUGGUGUGGCGUUAAUUUUAACAAGCUCGUAUGUGCUGUACUAUAUCCAUAACAAGACAGGAGAAAUAGUAGAGGGAAUAUCCGCGCUUCCGUUUUAUGACCGGCCUAUUUUAAUAGCAGCAGAUAGAAUACAUCCACAGUCAGUAGCCACACUAUAUACUGAGAUAGGAAAGAGUAGUAAAGCGCUUGCAGUUAGUUUACGAGGGGCAGUGAAUGCCUGUCUGGUGGAAGAGGGCAUGGGUGCAUUGGAGCAGAUUAUUCCAGUGGCAGCCAAGGUAGAUAAAGAGUGUGUGAGUGAAAUAUUCCAGGGCCUGAUUGCAAAGGGAAUAUUCCCCAAGCUGGCUAUUAUGUGUGCAGAGCUGCUUAAUGGAGAAGAGCCUGCAGAGAAAGCAAUGCACAUGCUGGAAGAGAGUUUGAAAGAUGGAACAAGCACAUUAUCUGAUACUUUGCCAGCAGGGCUAAAGCUUGCUCUGAAAUAUCCAACAACAGAGAUUCUUACAGUACUAGCACAGAUUUUAUCAAAGUAUCCAGAGGUGUUCAGAUACUCAGAAACUGCUGAGGGUGUUGUGAAUAUAGUGCAGAGCCCGAAUGUGCCAUCGGCAUUAAAGCAGAGUGUUCUGCUAGCCAUGGAGUCAGAAGAGUAUCAGGAGAUAAGGCUGGGUUUAGUGCAUACGGCAUAUAUUGAUCCACAGAUGCACAGAGAAGACAUAGUUUCCGGGUUACAGCCGCUGUUUGUUAAAGGUCUUUCCUGUUCUUCAGAUAGAAUUAGAUCAGAUUUUUUCAAGGUCUUUGACCAAGGCGUAUCAUCAAUACCCGAGGAGCGGCUUCUUUAUCUGAGCACAUUUGAGUGGGACUUGUUUGAAAAAGGCACAUGGCUUCCUGCCUUCUGCCGAAUGGUUUUAGGAAUGUUUGAUGUAGUCUCGCUGCAGACUGUUGCAUUCUGGGACUUGAGUGGCCUUGAGUUUGCGGAGCCCUAUAGCAUGUUGUCGAAAGAGGAAGAUAUUAGGAAUGCGCCAGAAGAGAUUACAGGCCAUGCCGCAUUUGGAUCUCUUCCAGCACUUUUCCAAGAGUUUAAGAAGUAUAAGGCGUCAAAGAAGUCUGUCAUGGGCUGUGUUUUGUCUCUGCUGCAUGAUAAUGAAUUGGCUGCAUCGCAGAUUAUUAAGUCUCUUCUUCCAGGAAUUAUAGAGUAUUUGCCAGAAAGAAUAAAGUCAUCGCUGCACGCAAGAAUAGAAGAUAUGCUUGUGCGCCUAGGUAAAUUGGGAGUGCCCAGAAUAUCCGAAACUGCAGAGUGCAUGAUCAUUGGGAUUUCAACUCUUUGCCAGAGUGCAUCAAACUAUGCUCCAAUACGCGCGGUAGAGAGCAAGUCAGAAAGCGAAUGUCUGCAUGGAUUUACUGAAGAGCAAAAUGAAAAUGAAAAGAAGAAAUCGUGUGAAGCAUGUAGAAUUCUUGAAGUGUCGCAGUACACUGGUGCGUGGUCUGCAGCUGCGCAUGUUCUGCAGGACAAGCUAGAAACAGCAGCUAUUUAUAAUGCUAUAGAAGAGAAAGACUACUUCCUAGCGCAGCUAAGAAUUUCUGCGUUUUAUCCAGAAACUGUGCAGGCUCUUCUUUUACAGCAGAUUGGAGAUAUUAAGUCUGCACAAGCAGCAUACGAAGACAUCCAGACAAAGGCACAGAGCGGGGUUCUUCUCUACAAUGAGUCUGAGUAUAAGAUUUGGGAAGAGCAGUGGAUUGACUGCGCAGAGCAUAUGCAGCAGUGGGACCUUCUAUCUGAGAUAGGCGUAGCAACAAAGAAUCCCAGCCUAACAGCCAAGGCAAAGUGGCACUCGUUAGACUUCUCCAUCGAGUCAGACAGAACGGCCUUUAAGGGCCUGCUAGACGGGAUACCUUUAAUUGACAAGACAUUCUACUAUUUAUUCAUUAUUGGGGAGAAAACACAGGAGACCGAGCAGUCUCUUUACAGAAUUGUUACAUCUACAAUAGAAGAGAUAGGGAAGUAUCCCAGGCUGUCGCCAAGGCAGCUGCGCGCGGUGGAGCGGUUCCAAAUAGUGGUGGAGAUGAAUGAGUCAUGGCAGAUAAAUGGAUCAGAUGAUUUAAGAAGAGAUCUUACGGGAAUACUGCAGGCGUGGAAAGAAAGAGUUCCAUUUGAGUGGGCCUCUGUGUCAUUUUGGUCUAUGCUGGUCCGAUGGAGAACGCAUGUAUUUUCAUCCAUAUGGAAUGGGCGAACAAAGGAGAAGACCCUACAGUACAGAGGAUAUCAUGAAACAGCGCAUAUUCUAAAUCUUUUCUCAAAAACGCUGCGAAAGCACCAAAUAUUACCAGCCGCGCUGUCUAAUCUUGAUAGCAUAUAUACUCUGCCAAAUAUUGAGAUAUCAGAUGCAUACAUGAAACUAGAGGAGCAUGCAAAGUGCUACUUGCAGAUGAAAGAGUAUGCAGCGGGGCUAGAUCUUCUGGGAAUGACAAACUUAAACUACUUUACACCAGCCCAGAAGAGCGGAGUCUUUUUGCUACGAGGGACCUUGCUAGAAGAGAAAGGCGCGCUGGAAGAUGCAGCAAAAGUGUAUGCACAGGCAGUGCAGGUUCAUCCAACCAAUGCCAAAGUAUGGUAUCGUUGGGGGCUUCUAUCCAGCAAAACAAACAGAGCCAAUGCGGUCAAUGCAUUUAUGCAGGCUAUAGCAAUAUCUCCUGGCGCAUUGGCAAGAAAGGCGGUUGUGGAAAUAGUUUCACUGAUGGAUCUUGAGCCGGCAAACAAAGAGAUUGAGAAGAUUUUCGACACAGCAGCUGCAGAAAUAGAUGUUUGGUGCUUUGUUCCGUUUGUUAUACAGAUUGUCUCAAUUCUAGCAGGAAGCGGAUCUUUAAUGGCAGCAUCUGUUCUCUCAAGGGUGGCGCACAUAUAUCCACAGGCAGUUUAUUUCCCUAUAAGAAAUGCACUGGAGGAGGAGAGAAGAAGUGGUGUAAAAGAAGGGCCAAUUUCAGACCUAUGGACAUUCCUAAAGACCGGAUUUACACUGAUGUGCAUUAACAUUGAGGGAAUUGUUGAGAGCUUUACGAUGCGGCUAAGAGCCUCUGCAGAAGAAGAGUUCUACAGGUUAAUCACAGCUCUUUUGUCAGAGUCGCUGCAGCAGUUGUUUGGAAAAGAGCCAAAGGAAAAUGGAUCCUUGCUAAUAGCAAUACAGAAGAUAUCUGAAAUGAUUGGAAUGUCUUCCCUGGCGCAGAAAUACAAGAGCUCGUUUGAUGAAGACUUUUCUUGUUUUUUAAAGGAAAGCGUAUCGCCGCAGAGUAUUUUUGAGCUGUCGCAAAAACUUUUAGUAUGGAAAAAGAGCAUGGAAAGAUUGCUGCUGUCGCACCCUAAGUCUAUUAGUAUUGAAAAUAUAUCAAGAAGACUUGUGGACUUUGACCAGCGAAAUGAUGAUAUAGAGGUAUUUGGGCAGUAUGUGGACAUAUCAGACAGAGCGCCACAGAUGGUUAAGAUAUCCCGGUUUGAGCCAGACAUAUACAUAAAAAGAAGAGGCGGAAUGAGUUUAAGAGAGCUUACAAUCAGAGGAAACAACGGGAGAGUGUAUCCAAUAUCUCUGCAAAUGCCAUCUGGCAAGACUGCGAGAAGAGAAGAGCGGUUUAUUCAAGCACUUUCUUUAUUUAAUGCAUCAAUCACAAAAACUGUUGAGAUAAAGAAGCGAAGAGGAUGCAUACCGAUUAAGAAGAUUGUUUCUCUAAACAACCAGACAAAGAUAUUCAUAGAAGCCGAGCCAAUGCAGUCACUUAAUGAUAUACUAUAUAAGCACAUGGGAGCAGAAAACGUAUUCCAAAUGAUAUUCCAGUGCAGGCAGGAUCUACAUAGUAUGGAUAAUCCCGGCCCUCUGGUUGAAACAGACGCACUUGACCCUGAAAAGCGGGUUAAAAUGUUUUUAAAGGCGUGUGGUACCAUGGGAGACGACCUUAUCUACAACCACUUUAUGAACAGUUUUAAUUUGCAGAGUGACUUCUUUUAUUUCAGAAAGUCUGUUUCUAUUUCCUACAGCAUACACUGCUUUUUGUCCUAUGUGUUUUCAAUAGGGUCAAGAAUGCCUUCUAGGGUGUUUAUUGGAGAAAGCACAGGAAAGGUAUACUCUACAGACUUCUAUCCGUCAUUUUGUGACAAGGCGUCAUUUGAAGAGGUUCCUUUCCGGCUAACUCCAAACAUACAAAGAAUAAUAGGGCGCGCAGGCCUUGAAGGACCAUUCUUCACUACAAUGUACCACAUGGCAAGGGUGUUUUCUAAAAAGACAUAUUUGCUCCGCUAUAUGGAUGUACUAGCAAGAGAAGAGGAAAGCCCAGAGCACGCAGAGAACAGCAUGCGUAUUGUUAGACAUAAAGUCCAUGAGCUUCUUCGAAUGGAUGAAGGGCCAUCAAUGAGCAUUAUUAAGCUAAUAGGAAACGCAACUAGCCCUGAAAGGCUUUCUAUGAUGGACCCACAGUGGCAUCCAUGGAUGUAAUAAUCAUGUAUUUCUAGAAAAUAGACUAAAAGAUGAUAAUUCGCUGACCCUAAACAGUGUUUUAAAUAAAACC